AUAAAAGCCCAUAUAUCUCCACAGACCCUGUUUCAACAUCUUCUCUUCUUCCCUCACUUCGCUCCCAGUGGUGUUCUUCCCCUCUACGAAACAUGCUUGGCCUGCGUGGAUCAGUUCGAUUGCUAACUGAAAUCAAUCAAAGUCUUCUUCAAAAUGCAACAUUCCGUUGCCAACGUGUGCAAGGUCUCCGUGUUGGUAACACUGAGAUUCCUAAUGACAAGAAAUUGGAGGUUGCUCUUCAAUACAUUCAUGGAAUUGGCCGCAAAAGAGCUCAUCAAAUACUUUGUGAAUUAAGCUUGGUGAACAAACCUACCAAGGAUUUGACUGGAAUAGAACUCAACUCUCUUAGAGAAGAAGUCUCCAAGUACCUGACUGGACCAGAUCUGGCGCGACGUGUUAAAGCUGAUGUACAGAGAUUGGUAGACAUCGAGUGCUACAGAGGAUAUAGGCAUGUUGAAGGGUUGCCAUGCAGAGGACAGCGCACUUCAACCAAUGCUCGGACCAGAAAGGAACACCAAAAGUAUGGGUCUCAGGAAGUCGCUGAGCGGAUUCGGAAACAUCAAGAAAGAAGUCAAGCCAAAUGAUCCACACAAGAGAAUAUGCGAUAACUGAAGUUUGAUGAGUUUACUAGAUUGUAGCUCCAGCAGUGACUAGUAUUCUUGUUUCGAGUUAGCGUAUCUUUGGUUUCUUACUCAUGAUUUCCUGUCUGGCAGCCUUCUAUCAGUAUUGUCUCCUGCAAAAGUGAGUUUUGGGACAGAUUUUGGAUUUUCAGAAAUUAUCAUAAUUAAAAGGGAGUGAAUUUGGUUGCUCA